CCCUCUCCUCCCUUCUCUCUCUUCCUGCGGGCGGCCGCCCCCACCGCAGCCCGCACUGCACCGCACCGCACCGAAACGCAUCUCCUCCCACACCGCUUACAAAUACGCGACCCACCCCACCUCGACCGUCUCUUUCUCGCAUCGCCGCGCCGCUCGGCUCCCUCCUCAUCCUCCUCGUCGGCGUCGCCGUUGUCUCGCGCCACCGCCGGCGCUCCCUCCAUCCUCGGUGCUGCCCGGGUCGGGACACGGGAGCAGCAGAUGGGGGUGUACCUCAGCACGCCCAAGACCGACAAGGCCUCCGCCGAUGGAGAGAACGACCGCGUCCGCUUUGGCCUCUCCUCCAUGCAGGGGUGGCGGACCACCAUGGAGGACGCGCACGCUGCUUUGCCAGACCUUGAUGACUGCACUUCCUUUUUUGGUGUUUAUGAUGGCCAUGGAGGAAAAGCUGUAUCUAAAUUCUGCGCAAGGCAUUUGCAUAAACAAGUUCUCAUAAAUGAAGCAAACUCAUCGGGUGAUCUACCCGCUUCUGUCUAUAAAGCUUUCUUAAGAAUGGAUGAGAUGAUGAAAGGUCAGAGGGGGUGGAGAGAAUUGACUGAGCUGGGUGAUAAGGGGAACAAGAUUUCGGGUAUGCUAGAGGGCAUAAUAUGGUCUCCCAAGGGUGGAGAUGCAGAAGAUCUAGGGGGCGGAUGGGGCACUGAGGAGGGUCCAAAUUCAAAUUUUCCUGGACCAACAUCUGGAAGCACAGCUUGUGUGGCUGUCAUAAGAAAUGAUCAACUCAUUGUUGCAAAUGCUGGGGAUUCCCGGUGUGUUAUCUCACGGAAGGGUCAGGCUUACAAUUUGUCAACAGAUCACAAGCCAGAUCUUGAGGGAGAAAAGGAGAGGAUUUUGAAUGCCGGUGGAUUUGUUGUUGCUGGGCGGGUCAAUGGAAGUUUGAACUUGUCAAGGGCAAUAGGUGACAUGGAACUGAAGCAAAAUGAGGUUUUACCAGCUGAGAAACAGAUCGUGACUGCUGAACCUGAGUUGAAAACGGUGAAGCUUUCUGAAGAUGAUGAAUUCAUUGUUUUAGCAUGUGAUGGCAUAUGGGACUGCAUGUCAAGUCAAGAAGUGGUUGAUUUUGUACAUAAACACUUAGAAACUGAGGAUAAGCUAUCUGAUGUCUGUGAGAAGUUGCUCAACCACUGCGUGGCACCUACAUCUGGUGGCGAAGGAUGCGAUAACAUGACCGUUAUCAUUGUUCAGUUUAAGAAGCCACUUUCUUCAGCUGCUACUUCUAGCACCGAGAAGUCUGCAGCUACUGCAGAAGAGAUGCGGCCAAACGAGCUCAAUGGCCCUGACGACCCCCUGAAGUAGGAUCAAGUGGCACACCGUGCUGUGGAGCUCUAACCGGUGGGUGAUAGACAUAAAAAAGGAUAGCGAGUGGUGUACAUAAGAAAGGGAUUCUAUUCGACAAUCUCUAUAGGGUUUGUUCCUUCUUUCUAGUGUUCAGAGUGGUCGCAACCUGUAAUACAUGGCGUGUUGUUUCUUAAACCGGGUUUUGUGGAAUGCAUGGAUGAGUUGUCAGGAGAUA